GUGGUGGUGGAGUGGAUGGUGGUCAGACCGGGACCAUGGAGUUCAGCGUCCUCCUCUUCCUUGCUCUUCUUGCUGGCUUCUUGCUUCUGCUGGUCAGGGGUCAUCCAAAGGCCCGUGGUCGUCUCCCACCAGGCCCCCGUCCCCUGCCUUUCUUGGGGAACCUCCUACAGAUGGACAGAAAAGGCCUCCUCAAUUCCUUCAUGAAGAUCCAAGAAAAAUACGGGGAUGUGUUCACUGUGUACCUGGGACCCAGGCCCGUGGUCAUGCUGUGGGGGACAGAGGCCAUUCGGGAGGCUCUGGUGGACCAAGCUGAAGCUUUCUCGGGCCGGGGGACAAUUGCUGUGGUCAAGCCAGUCUUCCAGGAUUAUGGUGUGGUCUUUGCCAAUGGGGAGCGCUGGAAGGCCCUUCGACGGUUUUCUUUGGCCACCAUGAGGGACCUUGGGAUGGGCAAACGCAGCAUAGAGGAGCGGAUUCAGGAGGAGGCCCAGUGCCUGGUGGAGGAGCUGCGGAAAUUCAAGGGAGCCCUCCUGGACCCCACCUUCCUUUUCCAGUGCAUCACGGCCAACAUCAUCUGCUCCAUCGUCUUUGGGGAGCGCUUCAACUACAAAGACCGCCAAUUCCUGCGGCUGCUGGACAUGUUCUACCAGUCUUUCUCACUCAUCAGCUCUUUCUCCAGCCAGGUAUACGAGCUCUUCUCGGAGUUCCUGAAGUACUUUCCCGGCACCCACCGGCAAAUCGCCAAAAACCUACAGGAAGUCAUCUCCUUCAUUGGCCAAAACGUGGAGACCCACCGGGCAACCUUGGACCCCAGUGCUCCAAGGGACUUCAUUGAUGCCUACCUACUGCGCAUGGAGAAAGAGAAGUCCAACCAGCACACGGAGUUCCACCAGCAGAACCUCAUCAUCUCCUUGCUCUCGCUGUUCUUUGCGGGCACAGAGACCAGCAGCACCACCCUCCGCUACGGCUUCCUGCUCAUGCUCAAGUACCCCCACGUGGCGGAGAAAGUCCAUGAGGAGAUCGAGCAGGUGAUCGGCUCACACCGUGUCCCGGCCCUGGACGACCGUACCAAAAUGCCGUACACCGAGGCAGUCAUCCAUGAGAUUCAGAGAUUUUCAGACCUCAUCCCCAUCGGUGUGCCACACAAGGUCACCAAAGACACGCUGUUCCGAGGGUACCUCCUCCCCAAGAACACGGAAGUAUAUCCCAUCCUGACCUCAGCUCUCCACGACCCGCGGUACUUUGAGAAACCAGACACCUUCAAUCCAGAUCACUUCCUGGAUUCCAGUGGAGGCCUGAAGAAGAAUGACGCCUUUAUACCCUUCUCCAUAGGCAAGCGCAUUUGUCUCGGAGAAGGCAUUGCCCGCAAUGAGCUGUUUUUGUUCUUCACCACCAUCCUGCAGAACUUCUCCGUGGCCAGCCCUGUGGCUCCUGAGGACAUUGACCUCACUCCACGCGAGUGUGGCGUGGGCAAAGUACCCCCGACAUACCAGAUCCGCUUCCUGCCCCGCUGAAUGGGCCGAGGGAAGAGGGUCUAAGGAUCCCAGGGUCAUAAAGUGUCCCCACUUCUGUCAGGAGUGUCCCCUCACUCGCUUUCACGUCUCCCUGCCUCUGGGGGGGACCUGCUGUAAGCCAGGUCCAUGCACGGCUCAGCUCUUCCAGUGCUCGAGGCAACUCCCUUUCAUCUGUUCAUAGGUGUAUAUACGGAAACAUCUGCAGCCGCAUGCCCCAGACCACAUCUCCUUGCUGGAUGACUUCCCCCCAGCUCAUAGCAACCACGAUCCCCACUGAUCAGCCCCGCUGUGCCCCAUGAUCUGUGCCUGUGGGCUCUGCAUAUGGUCUCUCGAGUCCUCCCUCCAAUCGACCCAUGUCCCCCUUUGCAGAUGGGGAGCAGAGGCAGGGCAUCGGUACCAGUCACACGUCUCGUGAGUGUGCGGGGAGGGCAAGCUCCCUCUGAUUCUAGGACCCUAAAAGUCUUCCUCAACAUGCCCUUCCACCAUAUAUUUUUAAAUCAAGA